AAGCGAAGCUUAGGAGAUGCCCCAAUUUCGUCGCUCUUCUCAUGCUGAAGGCGUCUUCUCAAAUCUCCUCUUUUCAUCAUCUUCUCCCAAUCUUCUCUCUAUAUCUCGCUUUAGUUUUCGAAGGAGGGUGGGGAAGGCUUUUGCUUUUAACCAGCCAUCAACUGGCACUCAAACCGCGGCAGAGCCGCAGGCAUAGGCAAAGGCGGGGAGAAUAAUUAGUUUAGUUUGAAUAAAGUUGGUUUGAGUAAUGGACGCGAGUUUCACCGAGGAUUAUGGAACGGGUGCUAUGUCGUCUCAUGCGGAGGGCAUGUCAGUUGGGCAGCGAUGCCAAUCCGUUGAUUCUCUUGCAGAAUGGCGUUCCAGCGAGCAAUUGGAAAAUGGAACGCCUUCCACUUCACCCUCUUUUUGGGACACUGAUGAUGAUGAUUGUGGACCCAGACCUUCUGAGCUUUAUGGGAAAUUUACUUGGAAGAUUGAAAAUUAUUCACAAAUAAACAAACGUGAAUUGCGAAGUAAUCCCUUUGAAGUUGGUGGUUAUAAGUGGUAUAUUUUAAUAUAUCCACAGGGAUGUGAUGUAUGCAACCAUCUAUCUCUGUUUCUUUGUGUUGCUAAUCAUGACAAGCUUCUUCCUGGAUGGAGUCAUUUUGCACAGUUUACAAUAUCUGUUGUAAAUAAGGAUCCAAACUUUUCCAAGUUCUCUGAUACUUUGCACCGUUUCUGGAAGAAAGAGCAUGACUGGGGUUGGAAAAAAUUUAUGGAACUCACUAAGGUGGAAGAUGGAUUUGUAAAUAAUGAGACUCUUCUCAUCAAAGCUCAAGUUCAAGUAAUUAGGGAGAAAGCACACCGCCCCUUUCGUUGCCUUGACUACCAAUACAGAAGAGAAUUACUUCGGGUAUAUCUAUCAAAUGUAGAGCAAAUUUGUCGGCGCUUUUUUGAAGACAGGAAAAACAAACUCAAUAAAUUGAUUGAUGAUAAAGUGAGAUGGUCGAGUUUCUGUUCCUUCUGGUUAGGGAUUGACCAAAAUUCAAGACGAUGCAUAUCAAGGGACAAGUUAGACACAAUAUUGAGAGUAAUUGUGAAACACUUUUUCGUAGAGAAGGAAGUUACUUCUACCUUAGUUAUGGAUUCCCUUUAUAGUGGUCUGAAGGCUCUUGAAUACCAAAGCGAGAAUAAGAAAGAAAGAAAGAGGAUAGAAAUGGAGGAAUCAGCUGUUCCAAUGGUUCGAGUUGAUAAAGAUAUGUUUGUUUUGGCUGAUGAUGUCAUAUCAUUGCUCGAUAGGGUGGCAUCAGAACCCUUGCCUGUAAUGUCUUUGCCUCCUAAAGAUGGAAAGGUUUCCCAGAAUCGUACUAAGGAGGGAAGUUCUUCUGAUGAUUUUAAUGAUUCCAUUGAACGUGAUGAGAGGCGCCUUACAGAGCUGGGUCGUAGAACUGUUGAAAUUUUUGUUCUAGCUCAUAUAUUUAGCAGUAGAAUUGAAGUUGCUUACCAGGAGGCUGUUGCUUUAAAGAGACAAGAAGAACUUAUUCGGGAGGAGGAAGAAGCUGGGCAAGCUGAGCAUGAGCUAAAGGCAAAACGAGCUGCUGGUGAUAAAGAAAAGCGUGCGAAGAAAAAACAGGGCAAGCAGAAGCGUAAUAAUCGAAAGAACAAGGAAAAACAGAGGGAUUUCAAGUCAGAUUUAGUAUUUAAUGACAAAACCCAAGAAGAAAAGUAUCUGGAUGAGAUCGCUUCCAGGGAGUUGUCUCUCGAACAUUUGAGUGUGAUGAAUGAGAGAAUGGACACACCAGAAGAUGCUUCUGAUAUUUCCUAUAAUGGUGGUGAUGUUGCCGUGCCUCUUUAUCCUGAUUUGGAGGAUCGGGAUAGUAAUCCUAAGAAUUGGGAGACGGAUGCAUUGGAACUUCAUCCUUCCAUAGAAGCCAGCGCAAGUGAAAUGUCAAGUUCUCUGCCAGAAAAGGCUAACCUUGGCUUGGAUGAUAGCUCCUCGAAUUGUUCGACUGACUCAGUUCCAUCUAUUGUCUCAAAUGGAACUUGCAGACGAAACUCUGUGAUUAUCAACAGCAUCCAAACUUCACCAGAUAGGGCAAAACCCUAUGGUGGCAAAUGCUCUCAAAACCAUCAGUCUGUUGCAAGCCAUCCUGGAGAAAUCCUUGAUAGUUCUCCAUCCACUUGCCAUGAAUUGGAAGGAGAUGAUGUUUCUCGGAAAAGUUCGAUACAGCGGCACUAUAGUCAUUUGGUGGAAAAGCAAGAACUGACGCCUAUCCCACUUAAGAACACAUCAAAAGAUCAAGGUGAUGCAGAAAAACUGUCAAAUAUCCGAACAUUAGAAUCAUCCUCUGCUUCACCUGAACCUGGGAGAAAGACCCAGCCACUUCUUCAACGGGCCAAGCCAUCACUGCAAAAUGGCACAACUGGCACUAACUCUAUAACUUCAUCAAUUGGUCUUCCUGCUUCAUCCAAAGAGCUACCAUCAAGUAAUCUCAAUGCCCCCAAGAGAUCUGCUGCUCUAUCAACAAAAUCAUCCCAUUCUUCUGCCACAAAAUUUUAUCCCACUCCUGCAGCGAAGAACAUUACAUCUCAACCAACCACUCCAAUCUCAAGACCUUCCAGUGCCCCUCUCAUUCCAGUAGCACCAAGACCAAACACAACCGCCAUUUCAACCGUGCAAGUCGCACCUCUCCUCUCACGUUCCACUUCUGCUACCACUCGGCAGGCCGCCGAUCCAUCUCCAUCAGCUCCAAGCUAUGUUCCUCAGUCUUAUCGCAAUGCGAUCAUGGGAAAAAAUGUCACGGGUUUGAACCUAGCUGGGUUCGCUCAUUCUCCUUCAGCCCCUUUGAUCCAAUCAUCCACUUCAUCAAGCCAAUCUACUAUAUCGUCCAUUUCUGCAUCUUUGUUUCCAACUCCAUCAAUGACAAGGAAAGAGCAGCAAAAAGCUUCCAAGCCUGGAUUAACCUUCGGAUCUGUAAAACCAGAGUCAUUGCACAUCCAUCAGCAAUCCAUCCUAACCAAAAGCGCCGAACCGUGCAACUCGAAUCUUCUUAGGGAACCAGUUUCAACCUCUCAUGGUGGCGUGGCUGAUGAGUUCCCUCACCUUGACAUUAUCAAUGACUUGCUCGAUGAGGAACAGAGCCUAAGCAACCAGUACUACUAUCACCCUCUACAUCAUCGUCACCAUUCCUUUAACGGCCGAUAUUCUUUCCCGGGUGACGCAGCUUCCGUCGACCUUAGCUCAGGUAGAUUUGAUCAAACCAAGCAGUAUUAUGAUGAUAACUUCCUGAGUAUCUACAGUAGCUCUUCUGGUCGAGCUCAUGAAGCUCAGGUGGAUCUUUCGAUGGCAUAUGCUAAUUGCCAGAUGGAUGGUUUGAUUCAGAGUACAUGGCCUUACAGUCCCGCCGAUCUCUCCCUAAUAAAUCUCGGCAGUACCGACGGAGGUGGAGACGGGUACUCUUACCAUAACCUCUCUGAUUAUCCUAACCUGGGUGGUGGACUGAAUGGAUACAGCUUGUAUCGGCCAUGAUCACAACCAGAAGAUCAAAAUAUCAUUUGCCCUGUAUGCUCUGAUAUUGUAAUAUGAAGGUAGCUGAAGAUCAUCACUGGAGUGAGGUGUUGCUUAUCCUUCUCUGCAGCUUUUGAUAGAUUGAACCUUUUGUAAAGAGUGAUUCUCCAUUUCAUUAGCUUUAGUUGCUGGCUCCGAGAAUGCUAAGGGUUUUCUAAAUGAAGUUUUACUUGCCUUCCAGUUCUGCUCAUGCAAGUUUUGGUGGUGAGUGAGUGAUCUGUAUUCAUGCAAUAGUUAAAAUCUUUCAUUUUAACAUUCUUCAGUUCCAGUUUCUUGUUCUCUCUAAAUUCUCUUCCAUUUAUUACAAAGUUUUCUUAGUAUCUAUUUUGGUGGAUAUCUUUUGUACUGAUUAUUUUGAUUAUUUUUAUGAAUUAUUAUAAUACUAAUGCAAGUUUUGUAUCUCAAAAACUCUA